UGAUCUUCACAGAUGUUUUCCCCAAAUUGAGGAGGAUGACUAGAUUUGUUUUUAAUAAUCUUAUAUGCUGACCUGAAUAAUGAUUGAUAGAAGAUCUUCAUGUUGACACUUGAAUUGUGAUGAAUACAGGCAUAGAAUUGAUGAUGGGAACAAUAAGGUGCUGCAAAGUGAAGAAUGGGGAUAUCAUUUCGGGAAAUUUUCACCAUUCUUAAAAAUUAUUUCUGAUAUUCCUCAAGAAUGUCUAUGUGGGAUGAAUAUCACUCCCAUCCUGAUGAUGACUACUUUUAUGAAAAUAGUUCUGCACCUACAGAGGUUGAUAGAUGCCUAUAUUAUGAUUAUAACUUUGAUCUAAGUACUGCUGUCAUAUGUGGCAUGUACUUGGCUUUUGGAGUUGUAUAUACACUUUAUGGCUACCGUUGUUUUAAGGCUGUGAUGUUCCUCACAGGCUUCACAUUUGGUACAAUCAUUGUGUAUUUAAUCUGCCAACAAGAAGAUCUGUUGCCUGCAGCUGGUAAUGCUGGUGUUGCUUUGGGUGCAGGUGUUCUGUUUGGUCUAAUAACAAUGCUUGUACAAUAUGUGGGCCUCUUUGUGACUGGUUUUCAUACUGGGUUAUUCCUUGGAGUUGCUGCAAUACUCAUUUCUUAUGUGUGGUAUAUACCAAGUACCAUCUGGAUAGUUGUAGCAAUUCUCAUGGGAUGUGGGCUUGCAGGUGCUGUUCUGACUUUGUUCUGGCAAAAAGGUUUGACAAUAAUAGGAACUAGUAUUUAUGGAGGUGCCAUUAUUGCUGUGUGUGCAGAUUAUUUUAUAGAGAAAUAUAUAAUGAUACAUUGGGUUUGGGACAGAAUAAAACUAUCUGCUACAUCUUUACCAGUCUGUUGGUUUUCUUGGCUAAUUCUGGGAGUUUGGCCUUUCAUGAUCCUUGUAGGCUCUCUCACCCAAUGGAGAAUUACUGGACUGGGUAUUCAUCAUCAACAACUGAUUGCUCCAAGGCGAAGAACAAGGCAGCUUAAUCUGCAAAGAAUAAGGCAAGAAUCUCGAGCCGAACAACGCCAAAAGAAAUAUCGAUAUUUAUAUCAAGUCCGCACAGCACACGGAGAUGUCAUAUCUCAAAGCUAUGUUCAAGGCAUGCAGAAGAAAGUAUGCCCGCCUCCCGAUGAUAGCUUCACUACUCUUCAUUCAGACUUGACUCAUCUAACGGUUUUGAAUCCUUCAGAAAGUAUGGCAACAUCUAUAAGUCAACUACCUUAAACAGAACAUUUUUCCUGUGUAUUUGUCAACUGCCAAUACUUAAAAAGCUCUAAGCACAGGGCACUCACAUUGCAUUUUCUAUAUCAUAGUUGCCUCAAGCCAUUUCCUUCUUUUGUUGUGAUAUUUCCUCCUCCUCCUCUCCUUCGAUUUGUGAAACCAGUAUCUCUUAUGUUGAAAAUGGUAUAGUCAUAACUGUGAGAACGUUAAUGAAGUCCAAAUGAGUUUGAAAUAUGAUUGUGUAGAAGAGGCUAACCUGUUGCUCUAUAAAUAAGCAGUGUCACUUGUCCGGUGAGAUAUUGGUGCCUUGUUGUCAAAUGAAAUGCUUGUGUAGCAUCAUUUGGCUGUUAUUCAUGGUCCUUGUGAAUGAAACUAUAGAUGUUGAUCUUUUAUGUUAUUAUCAGUCAUACAAAAUACUGCCAUUUUAUGUAUUUUAUAGUAAAUGAAUUUUAUUGUCAAAAACAUUCUUCUGUUUUUCAGUUUAUCAUAAGCUUUAUCCUAUUCUUAUAUUCCAGUCAUCACUUCGGCGAGACUAUCAAUCAUUGUAGAAUGUUUUAAAGGCAGCUGUUUUUAUUACUGUGUACGUGUUCAGUGGAAGAUCAAGUUUUUAUAAUUUUACAAUAUAGCACACAUUCCAUCUAUGAUGAAAUGUUUCCAAUCCAAGUUUUUUAAAGCACAAAAUAGUGCAAGAAUUUGUUUGUUGAAUUGUUAAUUUUUCUGCACGUAAUGCUAAACAGUAUUUAUAUUUUAUUUAUUGAUUGAUUUUGUAUAUUUAGUAAUGGGUGCAGUGGCAAUAUUAUUUUAUACAGCUCAAGUUUCCAAUUUUCAUUGUACAUCCAUUUCCAAUUGUAUAUUAUGGAAAAAAUCUGCAAAGGUAUUAUUUAGUCAGUUAUAGAGUUUGAUUUCCUGUAGAACUUUUUAUAAUGCUGCUCAAGAUUGUAAAAAUUAUAGUUUUCCUUUAUGUUCAAUGCCAAAUAAAGCUCUAUAUGACUUGUA